AUGAAUAGUGAGGGACAUUAUUAUAGCUCAGCUCAGCUGUAUAAGGAUUCCUGCGACUAUCAGAGGCCACAUAACCAGGACUAUAACCAAAGCCCACCGCCUUGUCUCUACAUGGGGAGACAGCAACAGGGCACUUACGCCGCGCCUUCUCUCAGUGCUAUUGAUCAGGGGGCACCGCCAGAAGUUUCUGCUUACGAAAUGCCCUUGUUAACGGAAGAUCCUACUUUGUCUCAUCUGCAUCACCCUACACCUCAGCAUCACCACCCAUCCCAUCAACAGGUCAUGGGAUAUGGGGAAACACCGGAUAUGGGGUUACUUGACGAUCGCAACAGGUUCCAGUUGCCGUUUCCAUGGAUGAAAUCUACGAAGUCCCAUGCCCACCAUACGUGGAAAGGACAAUGGUCAGGUGGAUCCUAUAUGGUAGAACAAGAAGAAAACAAGCGCACAAGAACAGCUUACACAAGAGCACAGCUCUUGGAGUUGGAGAAGGAGUUUCUCUUCAAUAAAUACAUUUCCAGACCGCGAAGAGUUGAGCUAGCUGUAAUGCUUAACUUGACUGAAAGACAUAUUAAAAUAUGGUUUCAGAACCGAAGGAUGAAAUGGAAGAAAGAAGAAGACAAGAAGAGAAGCAAGAUUGAUGAUCCAGAGCAGGAUUCUUCUAUUUCAUCUGGGGAUUUGAAGGAUGAGGCUUGUGGCCAGUCUCUUACACACUCACGGGAUCUGGUUACUGGUAACAUAGCAUCCUCGCCACAACAUAACAUUCUAAAAGGUUCUUCAAUAUGA